AAACCAAAACUUGAAGAUUGUGUGUUUGCGUAUUGUAAUUAGACGCGAAAUGCAAACAACUUUUCCACAUUCCUGAAACGGCGGCGGCGACGACGGCGACGACGACAAGUUGGAGUUGCUAAAGCCAAACUAAGUGCUGGCCAACGUCCAGUCCUGGGAGAUAUUUGCUUAACUUCUUCCAGCAGUGCUUCAAGUACGCGCGCGCCUGAGUUGAAGUUAAGUUAAGGCGCAUAAGGCAGUAAGGGGGUUGAGAGUCUAAGUGCAAUCAGUCGUCACACGUACAAACACACAUACACACACACACGAGUGCGCGCGCGGACGAGGGGACACACUUCAUAUGCAAUUAUUACUAUACCUGCCCACCACCUAGUUGUGGCGGUUGGUCAGGUCUCUCGGCUUCAGUCAUAUCGUUGUAACGACCCGUGACAGGGUACGAAACGGACCGGAGCGGAUCGGACCGGACCGCAGGUUCUACCAAAUCUUAUAAAAUGAGCAAUUUAUACCAUAUUUUAAGCUUUUUCGUGUUAGUUGGACUGUCCCGCGGGAAUCGGGAGCACAAGGUCCACAACAUCGUCCUGUACCCGGACAAGCACUCGUGGUGCUCGAUGCAGAACAUCAGCCAGGUCAUCAGCAAUCCGGGCUGCAAGCAGGUCACGAUUGAGAAUAACGUGUGCGUCGGGGCGUGCUUCAGCUACUCGAUUCCGCACACCGAACCGUCGGAUCCGGGCGAGGUGAUCGGGCCGUACUGCGACAGCUGCCAGCCGUCGGAGACGUCGUGGCAUCAUGUCACGCUGGACUGUUCGGAGGGCGCGAGUGCCAACGGGGGAAGUGACGACGAGAGCAAACCGACGAUCCUGGUCAAGCGCGUCCAGAUCAUCAAAAACUGCUCGUGCACGGCUUGUGAGAAGCAAACGCACAAAAAGCAUCACCAUCAGCACCAGGAUCACCAGCAGCAGCAGCACUUCCAGGUGACGCAGGUUCCGUCCACGACGGCCUCACUCAUCCAGAACGACAUCCCGGAGAUGCUGGAGGUUGUGCCGUACAGUGAGAACGAUACCGAGACGGUGCAGCAUUCGCCGGUUCACGCCCACCAGAGUGGAGGUCAUGGGACGACCUACCUUCAGCAGCACCAACUGAACCAUUACGAGCACAACAGUCGGACGGAUAACGUGAAGAAGUUGCUGCAUCAGAAGAUCACCACGCUGUUGAAGAGCAUAGAGGAGACGAACUCCAAGCACGAUCGCGAACAGCUGAUCGAGAUGAUCAAGCUGAUCAAGGGUUCGAGCGAUCGCAACUGGGACGAUUUGAUGGAGUCGCUGCAGUCGGAGAACUCCAUCCUGGACUUUGAGAAGCUCCGCGCCGAACUGGAGGUCGAGGAAGACCCGGAGUUCCACCCGAAGCCGAUGACCCCGGAACAGCGCGACCACGAACGCCUCCUAAAGCACCAGUUUGACAUCCUGAAUCACCACCCGCAGUCGCAAGAAUCACUAGAAUCCCAAGAACACCCGAAGCACCACCACCACGUGGCCGGCGAGCGAAUGCUAGACGACCACCACCACCUGGAACGCGGGCCGCACGGUGCGCUGAUCAUCGCGCCGGACGAGGCGGACGACGAAGUGUCGCGCAACUACGGUCACGAGAUCAAGCAGAAGAUCAACAUCCAUCCGCACGAGCUGAAGCCGAACCACGCCGGGGCGAUCCUCACGUACGACAACCACCACAGCGAGCAGAAGGGUGGGCAUGCCGGCGCGGGCCACGCCGCGGCCGGUCAUCACCACGGUCACCAUCGCCACCGGGACGAACCGUCCGGCGGUGAGCAGAAUUAAGGAUGUUCGCGUUUUAACCCCUUUUGUUUUCUUGCUUAAGUUUCUAGUCGUUAGUGAUUUCCCCCCCACAAAAAUUCCCCCUCUUUCGAGCUAAUCCGAUUUGGAUUUAUUCUGGGUGGUGGCGUCAUCGACGCCCCACGUGGUCCAAUUUUUCUUUCAUAACAGAAUAUUUAACCAAUUCUCGUCCUUUCCCACCACCUCCACCAACCAACCAACCACCACCACCAUCUAUGAGAUGAUAUUUGUGCGUAAGUUAUAAUAUUUAUUAUUUUAUUUUCUGUUUGAAAGCUGGUCUACACAGAGAAGCGAGAAGGGACGCGCUCGGGGCAAAAUAAAAAAACAAAGUAUAUAAUGAAGGAGAUGCUCUGGGCGGUGUUGAGAGAGGUGUGAUUUAGAACAAAAAAAAACACGUUAUUUGGUAACCAUUGAAACCGCGAGGGUAGAAAUUUAACAGAAUUAUGCAAUAGAGAAGUUUAGCAGAGAAUAAUA